ACGUGUUCAGUCUCCCUCGAGCAAAUGUGCAUGACCUAACGCGAACUUCGAAAGCGUCCACCAACAACAUCAUGUCUUCCAAACUUAAAAUGAGUAACGGCGACUGGGUCUGCACCGAUAAGCGAUGCGGCAAUGUGAAUUUUGCCCGACGUACUUCCUGCAACCGUUGUGGAAAAGAAAAGGGAAACAUUGACAAAAUAAAGCUUACUGGAGCAGAAAUUGGGAAACAAGCCGCGGCAAAAAGUAGAGGAUUGUUUAGUGCUGAUGACUGGAUGUGUUCCAAAUGUGGUAAUGUAAACUGGGCUCGAAGAAAUGAUUGUAACAUGUGUGGACAUCCUAAAUUUGCUAAAGCUGAAGUUAGGACAGGAUAUGGUGGUGGUUUCAAUGAACGUGAAGGGGUAGAGUACAUCCAAAGAGAAGAUUCUGAUGAUGAAUUUGAUGAGUUUGGUAGAAAAAAGAAAGGAAAGCAGGGUGCUUCUCAAGCAGUUGAUGAACAGAAACCGAAAACAGAAGAACCUAACAACAAAGGGGAGGAAGAUGAUUAUUACAAUGAUGGUGAUGAUGAUGAUGAUGAUGAUGAUGAAGAAGGCGACCUGUCAAAAUAUAACUUGGAUGAUGAGGAGGAUGAUGAUGAUGAAGAUGGUGACUUGUCCAAGUACCAACUUGAUGAUGAUUCAGACAAUGAAAACAAGGAUAAGGGCCGGCAUUCAAGAUCAAAGUCAGGUUCUCCUCCCAGUAAGAGAAAGCGGCGUAGUGGAAGUAGUAGUUCGUCUUCCUCCUCAUCAAGAUCUAGGUCAAGAAGUAGCUCUUCACGAUCUCGUAGUCGUUCAAGGUCUCGUUCUAAGAGCUCCAGUUCAAGAUCAAGGUCUCAUUCACGCUCAGGAUCUCCCAAACAAAGUCCAAGGGAGAGGAGCAGAAAGUCCAGAUCCCGAUCCAGAUCAAGAUCUAGGUCCAAAUCUCAUUGAGGUGUGACCAGGAAAGAUAGAAACUGCUGUUGUAGGUCGAGUAAGUGAAAGGCUGCAGAGAUAAUACAUGCUAACUGUGGACAUCUCAAGUUAGAUGGUUCAUUUCACGUAAUGGAUUAGUAUGUGGUUAACCUACAAGCUUGGAGUCUUGUUUGUGAUAUCUAAGAGAGUAGCACUUGUUUUACAUGAGGUAGUGCCCAGAACAUGGUGGAAAGUAAUCAGUGAACUAAGAUCUAAUUUUUAAUUCUCCCCUCCAUCUGCUACAUGUUUCCUUGUAAAUUAAUUAUAAGAAUUUGUUGUUAUGUCAAGAUAACAACCUCUCCCUGAUUAGUUUAAGUAUUCCCAUUUUCUGUUUGCAGGCUAAGUUAUGGAUAUUACAUGGCAGCACAAAGAUACAAAAUUUCUCCUUGAGUGUUGAAAAAUAUUGCCUAUUCGUGAAAUAUUUUUCAACAGGAGAAGAGAAAUUUUGUAUCUCUAAGCAGCCAUGUAAUAUUCUACUUAUCACAUAAACACCAAUGAAAUACUAAAUCAUUUCACUUUAAUGUUUAUUUUUUUCAAAGUAGAACAUGUCACUACUAAAAAGGGGAAGGAGCGUAUGGCCUCUAAAGGGUGAAAGAAAUAUAAAUUACAUUUCUGUUACAAUGUAAUAAAGGGUUUUUAUCCUAAAAUACAUGUAAUUCAGAUCUUCUCCAAUAUGACAAAGACCCAGUUGUCAAAGGUGCUGCUGUGACAGGUGCAAUUUUUAUGUUACCAUAGCAACAUUGACCUUUUUAACUCGUGAAUUGCUCGCAUGCGCAAGAGUGAGUUGUAGAUACACUGUGGGGAGUGGCACUC